AUGCUCAGAAAGUCAAGUGUACUGGUGGAAAGCCCUGUUCUAGAUGCCUGGUGGCGGGAUGCGAGAAGGAAUGCAGAUAUGUUGUACGCGACCGCAAAUUAUCUGGAUCAACUGAUACAUGACAGUCAAGAGCUUCGUCGGUAUCAGCGAAGGUCAGUUAGCGAUACCCCUGUUGGGGCCGAGGGUCGCGGCUUUUCAAACUCCCCACCUAAUCCUGUAUUGGAGAACGUAUCCCGUUCACAAAAUCCACUGAUGAAGGACUGUGCAUGGUUUCAAACCUACAAUGAGUCAACUCUUCCCGCAUAUGUUAGCGAGGUAACCUGUACUGCAUUUGCCACGCGCCUGUGCCAAUGUUUGAGUGACAACGACGCUUCAACUUCGCACCUACCACGGAUGCAAUAUGUGAGGGAGUCUCCCCUAGACCUUCUCUCCAGUAGAAAUGUCUUAUGGCCGAGUCUGGCCCGGGCUCGAUUGCUCGUGAAUACCGCGCUUGGCCACGCCAACCCACCAUUUCACCUCGCCCUACGCAAGACCACUGUGGAUUAUCUCCAAACUAUUUACCAAAACGCAACCUUCGACGAUCCUGUUCUACUGUGCAAGUACUUCGCUCUCUUUGCUCUGGGUGAAGCAUGCUCGGUUCCAAAUGGCAGGCUGAAUAAUAGCACUGUGCCUGGCACGGCUUACUAUGCACGUGCCAUCAAUAUGAUUCCCGUGCUACCGGAGAGACCUAGCAUGGCCCACAUCGAGGCCCUUGUGAUUCUGUCACUCUAUAGUCAAUUUCUGAACCGGUGGCAUUCCGCCUAUAUUCUGGUAGGAAACGCGCUGCGGCUUGGACUGUCUGCUGGUUUCCAUCAUAACAUCCCCGACAGCCAAUGCCCCGAUCCAAUCGCAAGGGAGAAUCGUAUCCGCCUCUGGUGGACAAUAUAUAUUUUUGACCGUUUCUGGGGCCUGAAGCUUGGACUUCCAAGGCAGGUCAGUGAUGACGAUAUCCACGUUGAUUUACCUUCGAAUCUUGCUGUUGAGGGAUAUCUGGACGAAUUUGCAGACAGUUCAUACCAAGUCGCUAUGAUAGAGCUUGCCAAGAUCUCUACCCAUAUCAUGCAAAGUAUUUACAGCCGUACAAAAUCUGCCGAAACUUUCCUACAGAGAGAGCAAAGGCUUUUGAAUGAGAUGAGGCAGUGGCUGCAGUCGGUGCCUAAUCAUGUCCGACUCCAGCAGGACACGCACAACCCCAGGUAUACAGUUCUUAUCCAUCUUCAAUUCAACUAUUGUUUGAUUCUUGCUCUACGCCCACUAUUACUGGGCAUUCUUGAGCAUAUUGGAACAACAGAGUCUUCGCCGGAAACGACGGUAUCACCUGUCCUGACGGCCUUGACUGAAGCGUGCAUCCAUUCUGCACGACACACGUUGAUCCUCUGUGCUGAUGAAUGGACGAAAGGAUCCAUCUCCGUGUAUGGAUACGCCUUCGUACAGUACAUCUUCACAUCGUCACUGGUCCUGGCGAUUUCGAGCCUCCUCCCAGAUGGAAAAGCAGAUGAUUUAGCAUAUGUCGAAACGGCAACGGAGAUGUUGGGUACAUUUGCGGCCAAUGGCAACCUCAUAGCCGGUGAACUUUACGAACAUCUUCAAAAAGUUCAAACCUGUCUUAAGAGCGGUAGAUUCUCAUCAAGGUCUCGUUCGACCCCGGGCAAUACAGCCGUUGAAGUUCAGCACCAUCGCCAACCCAAUGCUUCAUCUAUAACGCAUUCACCGACUACUACCUUCAUGCCGUCCACCAAUUCCCAGAUAUGUCCCACGGGCGCUACACAGCUCCCUAUUACAGACCCGCAAUACAUGACGGCAGAGAUGUCUCUGUACCAGCCAACGAUGCAGAGUUUCUUAACUCAACCAGUGACAGACAUGGGUUUGUUAGACCCUGACGAACUGCCAAGUUAUCUUACAGAUUCAUGGCCCAACCUUCCGCUAUGGACUAGUGACUUCUGA